AGUUUGGCCGCGGUACCCCGUCGGCCGCGGACGCGACACUCGUGCGCAGUUACGCCCCGCCGGAUCACGCGCACGCGUCGCCGAGGACGUGAUUCCGUUCCGCCGGGUUCCUUUCCGACACGCACGCGCGAUGACGGAGGUGGCGACCUAGAACCUUUACCAGCUUUCGUUUGCGAGAACCGCCGAAGUACCUACCCCCCCCCCCCCCCCCCUGAUUGGACGCUAAGAUAUCUCUCUCUUUUUUUUUUUUUAAAUUUUUAAAUUUCACCCCCGCGGUGGUUGGCAGCAUUGUCAACCAUGGCAGCCGGUCUGCUUGUGCGCGUGUUAGGCCUGAUGGCGUAUGCUUUGCAGCUGAUGCACGUUCAAGGAGUAACUAUGGAGGUCACGCCAUCUCCUCACUUCCUGUCUCGAGGCCAGACGUUCAGAGCUGUGAUUGGAGACACGCUGGUGCUACCUUGCGAGGUGGAAGACUUGGGCUCGUACGUGCUGCUGUGGAGGCGAGGGAGCGCCGUUCUGACGGCGGCUAACCUGAUGGUCACCCGCGACUCCCGCUUCCGCCUGGUGGACGGCUACAACCUGCAGAUCAGCAACGUUAUGCCGCAGGACGCCGGCGACUACGUGUGCCAGAUCAGCGACGGCGACAACCGCGACCAGAUACACACCGUCGAGAUCCUAGUUCCACCGAGCAUCAGAAUGAACCCGGCGAACGGACAGCUGAAGGCGAGGAAAGGCGGGACGGUGACCUUAGAGUGCAAGGCCUCGGGAAACCCCGUGCCCACCAUCUUCUGGUCCAGGAAGGACAACCUUCUGCCGAGCGGCGACCAGUCGGUGGAGGGGUUCUCCAUCACGCUGGAGAAGGUGGACAGGCACCAGGCAGGGGUGUACCAGUGCACGGCCAACAACGGCGUGGGCGAGCCGGUCACCGUGGACAUGCAGCUUGACAUCCUGUAUCCGCCGGAGAUCGAGGUGGAGCGCAGCUGGGUGCACUCCGGAGAAGGCUACGAGGCGCAGCUGGUGUGCAUAGUGCACGGGGAGCCCGCGCCCGAGGUCACGUGGUACCAGGACAGCCUCCCGCUGGACCCCAGCGAGAGACGGACCACGGGCAGCCGCGGCAACAAGCACACCCUCACGAUCCGCGACGUGCAGGCCUCCGACUUCGGCAACUACAGCUGCGUCGGCGAGAACACGCUGGGUCGCGCCAAGAACUACAUGGAGCUGUCGGGUCGUCCAAGCCCUGCAGAAUUUCUAAGUGCACCUUUUAGUCGAUUUAAAGACAGCUACAAUCUCACAUGGGUGAUCGAGAGCUAUCCACCCCUAGAAGAAGUGAGAUUGCUCUACAGGAAGCUGCACGUGAACGAGACGUUCCAGAACGCCGGCAAGUGGCACGACGUGAUCCUGCGGCCGGGCGGGGCGCAGGGCGCGGCUCACGCCAUGUCCUACAACAUCCGCGGCCUGGACCGCGGCUCGGCCUUCGAGGCCAUCGUGCAGGCGCGCAACCACUACGGCUGGAACGAGGUGUCCGACCUGUACCAGUUCUACACGCGCGGCGCCGGGGAGAGCCAGGCCAGCCAGGGCGCCAUGUGGCCCAGCUCCAAGUCCCAGGAACUGGACAUGGACGACAUGGAACUUGUGGCAAGUUCCAGCUCAUUCCUGUCCGCGAUGUCACCAACAUGCUCGACCGUCUUCAUGCUUGUGGCAGCUGCCGUCAGCUUAUAGGGGAUCAUCUGGUCGCUUAACCGUGCAGGACCACUGUAUGGAGACCAAGAUGGCGUGUCCAUGAUAAAAACAGUUUUCUUGUGUGGCGUGUUGAGUGCGGCGACUUGAAAAAUCAAGCUGUGUUUUUUCCUUGCAUUUAUGAGCACAUUAUUUUUUCCUUUGCAAGACUGUUUCAAGAUAUCGUCAAUGGUAGGCUAAUAGUACUUCCCCUCCCCCAUCAAAACCAACCCACUUUAUGCACAUAGGAAAUGUUUUGCUGGACAGAUGCGUGUUAAAAUCUAAUCCCCCACCUCCAUUUAUUUUUCUUUGUAAUCUAAAUUUAUUUCGUGUUAAAUGUGAGAAAAAAAUGUCGGGAUAUUGGUCCAGUUGAAUGUGAAGAUGAACGCGUUCAAGAUCAUUUUAUUUAAAUACCGGAGUAAUGGAACCAGGAAUGCAUGUUGCUGGAAUGUUAAACAGUUCGUACUUUUUUUUUUUUUUGCUGUUAAAAGUUUAUCAUCCAAUUUCGCUUCAAAUGUUGUAUCUGUAAUGAAAUAGGUGGCAAUUUCGGUCCAACUGUUUUAUAAAUUCUCAAUUUAUUUCAAUCCAUAUAAUUACCAUGUGAAGCGUAAUCCCUUGAGGCUUACGAAAUUGUUUGUUUAAACGCAGUGGCAAAAUAAAUUCAGAGGAUAAACUUUCACUCAGAUGGCUAUUAAAUGAUGGGGUUUAAAUAAUAUGUACAUUAAAAUUAUAUUUCCAACUUUUAAGCGCCUUUAACAUACUAGGUGUCCAUUAUGACUUAUCGACGAUAAAAAUGUAUUUGCCAAGAACGCAGAACUGAAAUGAAAAAAAAAAUGUUUAAAUAUAUUAUUGAUGAAAAUAUGUAAAAAAAAUUAAUACAUACAUAUUGUAUUGUUUUGUGUAUGGAUGAGAAAUUUAUUUCAAUUUCAUUAAAUACUACACUGUGUUACAAAAACAGGUGUUUUUUAUAACAUGUAAAGUAGUCUUGGAUUGACACAGAAUCCUAAUCAUAUAGGGAUAUUAAUUUUUAUAAAGCAUGGUUAUAAUCACAGUGAUACUUUUUUUCUUCUUAUUGUUGCGGUUUAUUACAUUUUCAAACAUUGGAAUGAUUUGACAUGUGUAUACUUAUAAAUUAUAUAUCAAGAACGAUGUAAUUUAGACUCCUAAAACUUUGGUUUGUAUUUUUUAAAUAAAAGCAAUUCUAAAAUCCUUGCCCCAUUCAAACAUAUAUGUUUGAAGUUUGGUUAUUCUUGCCAUUUCUAUAAAAAAAAAAAACAUGUGUUUUAAAAUAGCUAAAAUAAAAAAAUUAGAGUACAUUUAUCAGUCGAGAAAUUUUUAACUUCCAUACACAAUAAAAGAACUGAAAUAUUAUCAGCGACUUAUUACAUUUCUCAAACUUAAUACCAUUACAUAAAUUUAAGCCACUGUGUUAAUAAACCAUGACAGUGUUUAUCUGUGUGUGUCACCAUAAAUGUUUCAGGGUGAAUGAUAUUGUAGUGUGUUCAUUUUAUAACAUAAUGGUGUCAUUUUCCAAAUAAUUAAAUGUUUAUUUUCAUAAUACAAAAA